ACGGUUAUAGGUCUCGUAAGAGUCAGUUCUCAGGCAGCUGCCAAGAGACUGCAGAUAAGUUCGCUAUUAUUAAAGAUAUAUAAGUAUUCUGUCUGAUUGCUUGAGAAUAAGAACAUAGUUUUAUGAUCACUGAUUAAGAUCAUGUACAUUUAUCCGAGCUCACCUGAAUCAGCGUCAUCCUUGCAAUCCGAAGAAAGUGCAGCCGUCAAGAUCCAGGCCGGAUUUCGUGGUUAUCGCGUACGCAAACAGCUGUACCCCUCGACCAAGCCUCGUACCUCCAGCCACAUAUCGUCUCAACGAUACGAGUACUCAUCAAAUCCCCGUACGAGUACCCGACGUCAGCAACACUCAUACGCACGCACUCACGCUAUCGACUCGAUGGAGGAGAGACAGAAAUACCCAAAUACGAGCAGAGCUGGUGACGGACAGCAGGUUCCUGCAUCCACGGCGGAUGUAGAAUCGGUGGAAGAUCGCUGUGCAACUAAAAUUCAAGCCGGAUUUCGAGGAUUUCUCGUACGAAAGAAGCAGAAAAUUGCAACGGAUGCGGCAGUUAAAAUACAGUCAAGUUUCCGUGGGUUCAAGGCCCGAAAGGAAGCUGAGAAAUUGAAACACCCGUAAUUUAUUCCGUAAUGAAUAUAUGUUUUUAAUGUUAAUCACUUUACAUACAUUCUAAAUCGGUAUGUGGAGACAUAAAAAAUACAUACAUCUUGUAAAUAGAUAGCAGUAGUUAAUAGUCACCAGAGAAAUAAAAUAAAUAAAAAAAUACUCGUACAUAGAUACCUAAA